AUGGGAGAGAAGAAAUGGGGAGCGCUGUUCCGCCUGAAGAAGGUAUUGAGGAAAUUCACGGUGUUGCUCCGCCUCCACCUCGCUCGCCGCCUACCUUCCCACCGGCUCCGGUCAUCCGCUUUUGGCGAUCGGACGGUGAGGCCUAGGCCAGUGCCGCCGCCGCAGCCACUACCGCCACCGCCGCCGCCGCCGCCGCCGCCGCCGAGCUACGGAAUUAUUGAAUACGAUGUCGAUGAUUCGCGGCCGCCGAUGACGCAGAGCUACGAAAUUGUUGAAGACGAUGUGGAUGAGCGAGCUCAGAAAUUCAUCGAUGAUUUCCGUAGUCGAUUGUGGUUAGAAAGACAGAUUUCUCGGCAAUUGAGGUACUACUACAGAAGUAGCAGCUCUGAAACGGAGUAUGAAGACGGAUCUCCGCCGUCGCCGCGUUCGUCGAUUCGGUGA